GCAUCUGCUAAAUGAAUAAAUGUAAAUAUAAUGUAAAUGUAGAAACCUAUUAUAUAGGGAUGAUUGUACUGUACUUUAUUUGUGAUUUACAGGUUGCUGUUGAAUGCAAAGUGGUGGUCUAAUAUUUAUUUCUCAAACUUUCAUUGACAAAUUCUGUUUGAUUACUCAUUGUUUUUUCUCUAGUAAAUGUACAGAAAGUACACUUGAUUCUAAAAAGAAGGUCAAUAAGCAUGACAGUUUGCACUGUCUAAUGCAAAGAAAGGAUCUUUCUAGUCCCAAAUGUGGCCAGGCUCUGGCUAUUGUAAGUGGUGGUCUUGUGGCUGGACUGGGAAUUUCUCAUGAGUUUCUUGAUCCCAGAUGAUCAUUCUUUAAUUUCACCUUUAAUUUUGUAGAUAACAAUCCAUAAUCCUACAUUGGGCAUUUAAAUCCCACUUACAUUUAGGUUUACGUUAAUUCAUUUAGCUGACAUUUUUCCCCAAAGCAACUGACAAUGUUGCUUUGAAGAAAAGGUGGGAUUGGAACCUGUGACGUUUUCUUUUUUUUGGUCCAAAGGCAGUGCCUCUAACCCCUUGAGAAAUGAUGUAAGAUCACUGUAUACAUAGAAGGUUUCAUGAAGCUCACACUUCCUAAAACUAAAGCUUUUUCCCCAUUAUGUUACACAUCCAAAUCACUGAGUCAAAACAGCCAAAAUGAUAAAUAUUAUAUCUAUAUGCUAAUAUAAGUACAAAUGAAGCAGUGUGUAUGCUAGUAACUCCCCAGUGGGUCCUGUCCCCUGUUAUGACCACUAAGAGGCAGCAGCCAGUAACUUCAGCACAGAGAAUUCAUGAGUACUUUGAUACUAGUUGUGAAAUUAUCGCUAACAUUUAUUUAUCUGACAUCUUUGUCCAGGGCUACUUACAGCAUUAAAUGAUCUACUUUAAAAUGGUUUACCUAUUUUUUCAAUAGGGUAUUCUUACAGUGUCAGUUCAGGGUAAGACUCUUGGUCAAGGACAUUGAGACAGGAUGUGGGAUUGGAACCAAUAACGUUCAGAUUACAACAGUCCUACUGUCCCCAGCAAUGACAAUACCGACUAUCAUUUAAAACACAGCAGACUUACACAUUUACCCUGAGUGCAGAGAGCACUUGUUCUGAAAUGUUUCGAUUAAUUGUACUCCUGAUUAUAUAAGUCUUCCAGUGAUGUGCUAUAAAUUCCAGUUAUGAUCUGAUUUGAAAGCGCAGCAGGAAAUGCCUCCAGAGGGAGGACUGUCAGACGUAUAGAAUGCGAGUUGCCCUGGGGAGAGGCAAGACAAGCAGUGAGAAAUCUGUGGAUUAUUAUUCUUGGGAUAUAGAAGAGAAUAACUAGAUGUUUCCAGAUACCUACACAGCAGGCAGUCAUGUACUGCUGUGAGUCCUAUUAUGGAUGUUUCCACAUUGUAAUGGCAUUGUUUUGAACUGCCAGAUAGAGUCAACUUGACAACUGCUCUAUUAUAUUGCAGUAUUAAUGUGAAGAUACAAUAAAUAUAACAGGGCGGUAAUUCAUAGAUAGCUAACAAUGUAACCUAACGACAAGAAACAAAAAAUACUGUAUUACAUAACAUCCGUAUCUGUCAUAUGGCACAUAAAGAGCUGCUGAAUCACUGAUAAAUUUAUAUACUUAUGACCUUGACAUAUAAAAAGAUACUUUCAAGACUUGGCAUUCAAAUGAUCUAACAAUUACGUAUCUAGUUCUAGCACUUUCUUCCAUUAUACGUCUACCGUAGACUAAUAUUGUUGUCAUUUUAUAGUGACAGCAAUAAUAAUGUAAUUGUUCAGUUGCAUCCUCUAAACUUCAUAUUCUUCGUAUUUGUUUUUACGGAUUUGUGACGAUUUCAUAGCGGCAGGAUUAAUCCUUCUGUUGAGAUAAUGAGGGGAAAAAUAAGUUUUACUUAGGGCUUUACUCUCAGGGAAGGCAAGGAUCCGCACCUUUUCCCCUCAGCGCUGCUGAAUAGUCUACCUACAACCUCAGAAACCAUGCUUCACUUUUUUUUUUUUUUUUUUUUUUAAAAAGUUAUGAAGUAAUGACAAAAGUCCGAGAAAUAUGCAUUAGAGACUUUUAAGGCUCUUAAAUCAGCGUGGGAGACUUUCUUUAUGGCCCCGUGGUUAACUUAAUCUGCACCGCCCAUGGCAACUUGGAUGGGCUGUGCAAAAGUGGACGAGCGCCGAGCUCCGAAGAGGAGGAGGAGAAGCUGAGGAGAACCUGAAGAGUUCGAGAGCAGCGGUGUAGGGAAGGCGACCGCGAGAAGAACCUGCGGAAACACUCUGACGAGACCCUGAGGAGCUCGAGAUGAACGGUGGAGGGGACGGAACCCGCGAGGAGACCCUGGCCUGAAGCAACAGGCGCUUCGGUGACUUCCCACGGUCAUUUGGUGUCGAGUCUUCAGGGUUCACCGCCUUCGAUGUCCGUCGCGUACAACCUAUGUAAAAAGUGAAGCGGUGCACGCGCCUUGCCGUCUGCAGCCAUUUUUGCUGACGGCUGCGGUUAUCGCCGCCGUUUGCGCGAAGCCGGCGGAGCGAACUCGCGGCCGAAAUGUAAGACACAAAGGCUCGAGGCUGGGGGGUGGGCUCCUUCCUGAGGUGGAUGCGCGCGCGCGCGCGCGGGGAGCGGGAGCAGCAGCAGCGGCGGCGCAGCUACAGCUGCCGACUUUCGUCUUGCUUGACUACUUUGAGCGAAGCGGUUCUGAAAAGUGACCCGACGGACUGGAACCGAGCGCGGCGUACGUUUUAUAUGAGAAAAGCGCUGGAAAUAAUCUUAUUACAAAUGAAAAGUAAUCUCUGAAUAGGACUUUUUUUUGUCGUCGGCCGCCCCGCGUAAACCAUGUCUGCGGUGGUGCGCACUCUCAGCCGCUGCCUGCUGCCGGCGGAGGCGAGUCGCGAGCGCAGCGGCAGCAAGGAGCGCAGCCGGGCGCGGGACGCGGAGCGGGAGCGCGAGGCGAGGCGCAGGAGCCGCGAGAUCGACGCCAUGCUGGCGCGCGAGAGGCGCUGCGUGCGGCGCCUCGUGAAGAUCCUGCUGCUCGGAGCCGGAGAGAGCGGCAAAUCCACCUUCCUCAAGCAAAUGAGGAUCAUCCACGGCAAGGAGUUCGAUCAGAAAGCCUUGGUGGACUUUCGCGACACCAUCUUCGAGAACAUUAUCAAGGGCACACGAGUGCUGGUGGAUGCCCGUGACAAGCUGGGCAUUCCCUGGCAGAACUCGGAGAACGAGAAGCACGGCAUGUUCGUGAUGGCCUUCGAGAACAAGGCAGGUGUGCCCGUGGAGCCCAGCACCUUCCAGCUGUACGUUCCCGCGCUUGAGGCUCUGUGGGGGGACGCAGGCAUCCAGGAGGCCUAUGGGCGCAGGAGUGAGUUCCAGCUGGGUGAGUCGGUGAAAUACUUCUUGGACAAUUUGGAUCGUAUUGGGCAACUGAAUUACAUCCCAAGCAGGCAGGACAUCCUGCUGGCGAGAAAGGCUACCAAGGGGAUCGUGGAGCAUGACUUUGUCAUCAAGAAGAUCCCCUUCAAGAUGGUAGAUGUGGGAGGCCAGCGCUCCCAGCGGCAGAAGUGGUUCCAGUGUUUUGACGGCAUCACCUCCAUCCUGUUCAUGGUGUCCUCCAGUGAGUACGACCAGGUCCUGAUGGAGGACCGGCGCACCAACCGGCUGGUGGAGUCUAUGAACAUCUUUGAGACCAUCGUCAACAACAAGCUCUUCUCCAAUGUAUCAAUCAUCCUCUUCCUCAACAAAAUGGACCUGCUGGUGGAAAAAGUGAAGAAAGUCAACAUCCGUAAGCAUUUCUCUGACUUUCAAGGUGACCCUCACCGGCUUGAGGAUGUGCAGACCUAUCUGGUGCAGUGUUUCAACCGCAAAAGGAGGAAUCGCAGCAAGCCCCUCUUCCAUCACUUUACCACAGCCAUCGACACAGAGAACAUUCGCUUUGUGUUUCAUGCUGUCAAGGACACCAUCUUGCAGGAAAACCUGAAAGACAUAAUGCUACAGUAAGCCUUUCCUCAGAGGCUUGUCUUACUGUAAGCGUGCCUUAGGAAAAAUCCUCCUCCUUGUCUGUCUCCUGUUCAGAAGAGCAGAGGGAGAACUUUUAGACCAGAGGAACCUCAAAGUUAUGCACUGACGUUUCCCCUGGUGGACUUCCACACCCCUUCCACGGAAAGACUGUUCCGCCACUGUUGCCACACGUUGUUCUCACAGGAUUUCUAUUCGAGUUUUCCGAGUAAGCUAGUUUUCCACUAGUGUACCUUCAGAACUUUCAUUAUAUUUGUGACUAACAGCAGAGUAAACAAGUGACCGUCAUUCAAAUAUGAUGUAUUUCAUAAUUGUCAUCUCAAGUAUGAAUGGUGAGCCUUGUUCGAAGUCCGACAUAACUCGCAGAAUCUUCUGAAAAUGUUAUUUACUCUUCAGAAAAGAUAAAUUGGAUAAAUCCUCUGUAACAUCUGAAGGAUAAACUCAUCUGCAGGACAGCAAUUUCAAUAUGCACACAUUCAGACUGAGAUGGGGAAUUAAGAGGAAAAAAAAACAGGUGCUAAGGAAAAGAGGCAAAGAACUUUUACCUUUAGCAAAAUAGGUUUAAAGAAUGAUCCGAGUCUGAGCAAAUCAGUUUUAGAAGUCAUUCUCUGGGUCUUAUUGCCUGAUAAAAUUGCAGACUGGUGAAAUGCUAAUCUCAACUAGUGUUUGCACAAUCUUUUCCCUCACAAGAAAAGUUCCCCCCUCCCCCCGUAAGUAUGAUUUUUCAAUUAUCUGGCCAAAUUUAAAAGUACAUACUUAACCUUAAAGAAUAAAAAUAUAAUAUAUAAAAGACUGUGAACUCCUUUGUUUUGAAAACUAUCUAGAGGCAAUGCCUUGUCCAUUGCUCCUUAUAGUGUGUGUUUGUGUGUGUUUUACAGUAAAGCGCCUUACGAGACACUGUGGUCUAUUUAUUGUAGAUAGAAAGCUCAGAAAAGUCUUGAAAUGAAUGAAUUACAUCUUGUAUUUGGGCACAUUUCUUUGAGAGUGUUGUAUGUGAAAUCUAAUUAAAUUAGUCAUAUUUCAUAUUUGGUGCUUUACAGAAAUGGUGUGUCCUGCAGUACAGGUCAGUUAUAUAUUUCAGUGCCAAACCAGGAGAUGUAAAGUUUUUUUUUUUUUUUUUUUUUUUUUUAAAACCCCCCCCUGUAUAUAUAGUAUGUGGCAUCCUGAAUAUCUCACUGUGUCAAAGUCUGCAAUAAUCUAGAUGCUUUAACAUCAGGCUAACAGUAGACAAACUGCAUUGUUUUUAAUAAUCCUUUGGAUAUUGCUAAACAUUGUUUUCACAAUAUAUUUAUGUUCUGGGUCCAUUCAGUGUCGUCACCUGACCAUUUCAUUUCUUCACAAUUAUUCAGCUGCGGUCAUUUUUAUUUACUCUUUAGAGGGGUUUUUGUAUAGAGUGAACAGUCCUCAAUGACCAGUUAAUUUCCUCUUUUCCUGACAUUGUUUUCCACUAAGAAAAGACAUGUUUGUGUCCUGCUUCAGCCAACGUUAUUUUCUACGUCCUUUGUACUCCUCCUCAAACGACACUGCAUUGCAUUUAAAACUGUUCUUUGUAUAUAGAGUGUAAUCAUUUUGAGUACGAUUACCAGAAAGAAUGUUGUGAUUUCUGUCUUUGAAAGAGGUGUCGUCCGCAAGCACUAAUUACAGAAAUACUGUUCUGAACAUAUUGAAUUUUAAACAUUGAGUCAAAGUAAAUAAAUGAAUUUAUGUGUACUGUAAAUUCAGCACAGAAUGUAUUGGUUGAUUCUUUCAUUUUAAAUGUUAGUACUGUGAAAAAUGGGGUGUGUUAUUGAACAGAUGGUGUUGCAUGGAUUAAUUAGUGUUUUUCUUUUGAUCAGGCUUUGAAUAUAUAUGAAGAAACUGCAUUUUUUGUAAGGAAUAUUAGUCAAGAACAGCAUGUAAUGCUUAUUUAUAUUUAAUAUGGUUAGUAUAUAUUUCUAGAAGGGGUACAGAGUAGGGAGUAUCGUUUCCCCACGGUUAACCAGUCCUGAUUUAUUCCUGAAAAGCAUUAGAAUAUCGGAAAACCAAAUAAAAUUAC